AUGGACGACUCGCCCGCCCCCAAGCUCGCCGAGCUCCUCCGGCACCCGGACGACCUCGACAAGAUCCCGGCGCUCAAGAUGGACUUUGCCCGAAAAAAGGGCGCUGUCGAUGGCCAGCUUCGCAACGGCCUACGCGAGCAGCUCGAGCUCACACAAUCGGGCAUGAACGGGCUCGGUGACGGGCAGAAGACGGUGCAGGCCAUCAAGGACGAGAUGAUGAAGAUUGAUCUCCUCUGCUCCGAGAGCCAGGAAAUGAUCAAGGACUUUGCGAGCAUCAAUCUCGUGUCGCAGGCGCACCGAAACUUUGGCGCCGUCGAGGCCAUGCGGAAGAACCUCGAAACAUUCAACGACCGGCUCAACGUCGUCGAGGCCAUGCUGAGCGAGGACGACGAGGACAAGGAGAAUAUGCCGAACCUGCUGCCCUGCCACUACGAGCUCACACAGCUGCGCAACGUCCGAGACGAUGCGAUGGAGCAGAUCAAGAGAGCGGACGAUUCGAGCCUGGAGGCUACGCUGGAGGACUAUUUCAAGCGGCUGGACGACACGAUCGACUGGUUCGACGAGCAUGUCGGCAUGCUGGCGCUGAACCUCAUCAACUUCGUCGUCAACGACAACAACGGUCUCGUUGUACGCUUCGCCGUCGUCAUGGAAGCCGAGGAGAAGAGUGACCAGCGCGUACUGGCCCUGCAGGAGGCUCUCAAGGACCACAAGGAGAUGGCCGUCCGGUUUCAGAGCAUCACCGACGGCGCAAAGAAGGUGCGAGGGUACAAGGAAAAGUUCCUCGAGGCCAUCCGGAUCAGCGCCGAGUCCCAGUUCGACCAGGCGCGCGAGGAUUUCCUCGAGGACCCCUCGCAGCUGGAGAAGUCCAUGAAAUGGUACUUUAACGAUCUGAAUGCCGUCAAGAUCGGCAUGACACCACUGACCCCCAAGAAAUGGCGGGUCAGCAAGAUGUACGCCGACAUCUAUCACAGGCUCAUGCACGACUUUCUGGUCGGCAUCGUGGAUGACCCGGACACCAGCUCGGCGCACACUCUGGAGGUCAUCGGCUUCCCGGAGAAAUACUACAAGAAGAUGGGCAAGCUAGGGUUCCGCGCCGAGGACCUGAAACCACACGUCAUUGACAAUCGCGAGGCAGAGCUGGUCCGCGACUUUAGGCAGCUCAUCAUCAAGUUCCUCGAUGAGUGGAUCGAUCGCAUCUUUGACCAGGAGCGACGCGACUUUGCCGAUCGCAGUCUCAACGGACCAGAGGGCGGCUCCAACCUGGACCAGGACGAGUACGGGUAUUUUCGCACAAAGAAUCUCGCCCCGUUAUGGCGCAUGCUGCGCGAGCAGGUCGACACGGCCGUCAAUUCGCAGCGCGCCGACGUCGUCGAGGGUGUCAUUGAUGCCAUGCUCCUCCGCCUCCACGACAGGCAGCGGUCAUGGCAGGAGAUGCUCGAGACGGAAGCCGCGCGCUUCCAAGACGCCAACGAGACCGAGCUCGAAGGUUUCCAAGCACUGCAGGACUGGCUCGUGGCCACGGCCAACGAUCAGAUCGCCUGUAUCGACGACAAUGAGGAGGAGAACCGCCCUGCCUACCUCACCAGCUUCCGGCAAUCGUUCGAGCCGCACGUCACGCCCGCCUAUGCCGAGCGCGCCGCCACCGAGGUGGCCAACCUGCAAGGCGGCUACGUCGACCUGAGCACUUGGUGCAUGACGCGCUUCGCCGUGCUCAUCUUCGACGUGGACUUUCGGACGGUCAUGCCCGACUUCUUCACGCCCAAGUGGUACACCUCCACCGCCAUGAAGCAAAUGGUGGUGACGUUUGAGGAGUACGUCAACGACUACCGCGCCGUGCUGCACCACUCGCUCGUCGACAUCUUCAUCGAGGCCCUCGCCGACGAGCUGCUGCUCCGGUACCUGGGCGCGGUGCGCAACAAGGGCGCCAAGUUCAGGCGCGUGGACCCCUUCCAGGACAAGCUCUUCAACGACAUCUCGGUCGCCUUUGACUUCUUCAGCAACCUGCCUAGCCCCGACGUCGGAUCCAACAUUAAGCAAACGUGGCGCGUCACAGAGUCCUUUCUCCAGUUGCUGACCGCCGACAAGGAUGGCGUGGCCGACGCCUUUCAAGACUUCAAGACGAAACAUUGGGAUCUGCAACUGAGCUGGGUGGAAGCCGUUUUGCGGAGCAGGGAUGAUUUCGAGCGAAGCAUGCUCAACAGCGUCAAGGCCCGCGCGGCGCAGAUCGACGUGCAAAGAGGUGGGCAGGAAACCAUUAUGAGCAGGGUCAAGUGA